AUUAAUUCCGCUCCAAGAAUCUGAUUCCAAAACAAUUUAAUAUGGCUGCCUUACCUCUUGCAAAAUUUCCACGUAUCUUGAAAACUUCUGGAAGGAUUCCCAAGGGAUAAGGGUUUAUAGAGAUUGCUCUUUACACUUGAACCCUUUGGGCCUUUCCCAUGGCCGUUGGAUUGGAAUGUUUCUUGACCAGAAACUAUAUUCCAAAUGGAUGGAUCCGGAGGUUAAAUGAAAAAUAGGGAGAUAAUAUGAAGAAACAAUUUGCUCAAUAACAAAAAAAGGGGCUGUUUCUCCUGAAAUUUGUGUUAUGAAUGGAGCCGAUAGCUAUGUGCAGGUCAAGCAGGUCUUGUUCAUAUGAGAAAUGGGUGGCGAUCGUCUUGACCAUUUUAGCCGUGGUUUCACCUCUUUAUGUUAACCAGAAGUCGGUUAGUGAAGCGGAGUUUGAAGAGCAAUCCAUGGACUUGGCUUCAUGGUUGCGCCUGCUGCUUGUGCUACUGAUCUUGGCUUUUGCUUUCUUACUUUACUUGAACCAGAGAUUUACCAGGUCUGAUCGUCAUUGGAUCAGGUCAAGCAGCUCUUCUUCAUAUGAGAGACUGGUGGCAAUAGGUUUGGUCGUCUUAGGUGUGGUUUCACCUCUUUACACCAACAGGGCAACAGUGAGUGAGCUAGAACCUGAUGAGCAGCCCAUCAACUUUGCUUCUUGGCUGCCUCUGCUGCUAUUGAUAUUAAUCCUGGCCAUUGCUUUGUCGCUUUACUGUGACAGAAGCUUUACGAGGUUUGAUCCUAACUGGAUUCACAGAGUUGGUGGUUCUUCUGCUGGAAUCUUACUAAUUCUUCUGGUUCUGGCAUUUGUUUUGAAGUGUAAGGCUUCUGGUCUGAACUGAGAAGCUUGGUUGAAGUUGAACCUUAUGGAACAGAAAGAGCUUUAUACACAGACAUAAGUAAUGAAACGUCUGUUUUUGCCUUGUCGUGGAGAUGAAGAUCCUCUGUUUCCUAGUUUCCAAUAUCAAACUAUCUCCUUGUAAGAAGCAAGAAUAUACGGUUAAUUGUCAAACUGGUGUUUUCCCUGUAGUGUAUUCUUCUCUUCCUAAA